AUGUUGUCCUCGACUGCGCUGCUUGCGUGCGUUUGCGCCUGCGCCGUCUCGUUGCUGCCGCUAAUUGUGGCACGCAGCUACAGCAAUGGACUCAUCUUUUACGAGCUGGGCACGCACACGCCGUAUUUGCCGCCAACGGUGAGCGUGUCGCGUGGCCGCAACUUGGCCAGCGUUAAGUAUUCGGAGAAAGGCUCCAUUUGGUCGACAUUCGGGCAGCCGUGCGAGUGCCGCGCCGCGAUAUGCGGCUGCUGUGCCGGCCUCAAAGUAGAUCAAUACAAGUUCGAUCAGAAGGUUUGCGCCAAUAUAACAUUUGUGCCACAUUUGGAGGAGGCACAGCUGGAAGUGUAUCUAAACGAGCGUCCCUCGUCCAAAUAUGGCAUCUCUCUGCGAAAUCCAUCGCCCUUCUGCAUACCCGUCAUGAUGGGCGUGCCAAUGGCCAUGUGCGUCCAGCUGACCGACGUGGCGAUGGUGGGCAACAAUUUGAACAUGUGCAUGGACUUUGUGGUCCGACUGGCCACCACAGAUCUGUUCGAGAUGCAUUUCCAGUGCAUGCGCAUGGGUCUCGAUGGCGUUCAGUAUGUGGACAAGAACGGCAAGCCAGUCCUGCCGCCCGGCGAUGCGAAAGCCGAUGAGAAUGACAAGGAUUCGCUCGAGUAUGACUAUGCCGAGCUGCCGGAGGACGUGGAUCAGCAGACUGAACAGCCUGAGAUGGAGACCCAAACAGAGGCCGAAUUCGAGUCAGAGCCCGAGCCAUUGCCAAUUGAAAGUGAAAUGCUUAUGGCUGGGGAUCAAGAGCUGGCUGUGUCCGCCAGUGACAAUCACAGUGACGAUGACGCUGAUGUGGAAGGUGAAGGUGAUGCCGGUGUUGUGCAGGCGCAGGCGCAACAGGAGGAGGCGCCACAGCUUGCCGCUGACAGUGCUGGCGAGAGCGACCUAAAGCAAAAUGAAGUAAUUGAAACAAUUACCAAUUCAAUAACAGGCAACAAGGCGCCAGCAGCAGCAGCAACAGCAGCAUCAGCAGCAACAACAACGACAACGACAACGUUGAAACCAGCGCAGCUAGCAGAGGAUGAAGUGGAGGCCAGCGUUGAGCAGCAGCCCACAAUAUCCGAGGAGGCAAAGGAGGAGGCUGGAACAUCAGCAGCAGCAGCAGUUGCAGCAAUGGCAGAUGACAGUGACAAUGAAGUGAAUGUGGAUGAUGAGGAAGAAGCAGAGGAAGAUGACACUGAGCCUGACGCACAGCAAAAGCCAGCUGAAGCGGCAGAGGCAUUGUCCGAGGGGCAGCAGGUAGCGGCUAGUGUGAACAAAACCGAAGCAAUGGCCCAAACGGAGGAGGUGCAGCAAGCUGAGGAGACGCCAGCAGAGGCUGAUGAUUAUGAUGAUGAGGAUGCUGAUGACGGUGAUGAUGAUGAUUCCGAUGAUGGCGAUGAUGGUGAUGACGGUGAUGAUGCUAAAAACGAUGACAAGCUGGCGCUAGCCCAGGAGGCGUCAGCUGCUAAUGACAAUGAAAGCGCUGUCAGGCCUAACGACAGCAGCAACAACAAUGAGCCAAGCCGUGAAGCUGUUGAUGGCAAUGCUAAUGGAACUGGGGUUAAGCAGUUGCAACUGCAACUGCAGCAGCGACGACUGCGACGGCUGCUGCUGCGACAGCGCAGCGGCAUAUAAUUGUUGCAGCAGCUUCGGUUUCAGCAGUAACAGCUGAUUGUUAAUUUAUUAUAAUUGUUAAUGAAUUGUUUAUGCUAAAUGCUUGUUAAUUAAUACAUAUUUAUUGCUAACGUAGAAAAAAAGUCAAC